AGGUUACAAGCCUUACUUCUGAUUUACUAGAAAAAAGCUAUCCUUACGACGAACUAUCGUCUAGUAGUCCUCUCACAGAGUUGAGCCAGAGUAUGUCAGAGCCUGACGAAGACGAUAUGGUCUUCGUUAAUACAGGCUCUUUUCUUAAACACAAAAGCGAAACGCCGAACCUUCACUCAGACGGUACCAAGGUCCGUGAGACUUUAGCAUCUAUUUUUCCUGAUUCAUUGGCAACCAAAAAAACACUCUCUUCCCCAGAUAUGAAUUCAGGUCAAAAGUAUCGACUGAUGGAGCACCAAGUAAAUCGGUUUACCAUUUGGGAAACCGAAAAAGUUAGUGCCCUGGAGAGAAAAAUCCAUAUUUUGGAGCAGCAGAACUCGAAGCAAAAUGCAAAACUAGAUUUCUACGCCACGGCAAAGGAAUCCGAAUCUGCAAAACUGCGGCAAAUGCCUGGUAUACCUGUCGAUGACAACCUUUUGCACAGGAUAUCCUCCCAGCAUAAAGAAAUACAAAAUCUCAAACUCGAAUUGAGCCGAGCUAUAAAAGUUAAUGGACACUUAUCCAGAAUUUCUGAAGCCAAUGCAGACAUGGAUAUGAAAACUUCUAUAACAAAAUUCAUGGAUAAAAUCGGAACCUUUGCGUUUUUUGCUGCCGACUUGCUUCGCAGGGCUUUUCGUAACAAAUCUCACCAAGAAUUACAGGAAUAUACUAGGUACCUUAUUUCGGAAAGCAUUGCAAACGAGGAAAUGCUCGAAAAUAAUACUUCACCGUCAUUCCAAGCCAUAUUAUUCAAAUUUAUGCGUGAUCAGAUUUUCUAUUCCAAGGAGAUGUGGACUCAACUCCACUUCGAGGGUUUGAUUUUGAAGGAAUACCAGGACACUUUGCAGGAUGCAGCGAGUGGUGACUUCGCCGUGAAGUUUCACCGGGUAGUGCUUCGGCGUAUGUUUGAAAGAAGCGACCGAUUCAAGCAGCUCUUUGUUCUUGCCCACGCCGAGAGAUUGCGAGAUGAGUUUAUGGAGCUAUUUGAACCUUUUAUAGAUAUAACUCUAUUGAAAAGAUCCAAUCGCGAUCAGAAGCUUCAAGAUCAUCUGAUAAAUCUUUUCAAAGAUGCUAUCUAUCUCCGAGCUAUGUGCUUUCCUCCUUCCGGCACUCGAUAUGAAAUGAUUCAUUACAAACCGAGCGACCUCUAUCAGCCCGAUUUGAUGAAAGUAUCAAAUGAUCAUAUGCAAAUGAUUAGGCCUGACAAUAAAGCACUGAGCCACAUAAAGCUUUGUGUACAUGGGUCUAUCGUUUCGCACAGGGUCCAGGAGACUUCUUUCUCCGGCGUUGACAAAAUCAGGGACCUGACAACUUCAUUCGUUCAGAAGUCCGACUACAAUGAUAGAAUAGUGGAGCACUGGGGACAAGAAUUAAUCAGUGAUAAAGCUACUGUAAUUUUUGAAUAGAGUUUCAUGUUUGGAUAUCUACAAGCUUUGUCGACUCAGCGACCUUUUAGUGGAAGCCCAAUACAGAUGGACUGUCCACCUAGUAUCAAGCAAGCAUUGUCAUUAUUCUGGGCGUUAUGAUUUCUUGUUCUGUUUCGUUGCACUAUUGACUUGGAUUUGAAAAUUAGCCUGUGAGUGAUUCGUAUCCCUGUAGUUGCUUAAUUUGAUUAUGCUCGCUUUUGAUCCGAAGAGUUAU